CCAGGGGAUCUGGCAAGGUAGGAGCCACCAGUGAUUACUUAAGCCUAACGGAUUCACAGUUUCUGCUUGGAUCCCAGUUCUGGCCAGAAAAUUCACAAGCCUUUUCACAGGAGGUGCCUUUCUCUUCGAGGAACCCCAAACAAAAUUCUGAGGAGGGAAAUGAUUUCAGGGUUUCCACAAAUUACAAUGCAAAACCUUAUCUGUUUGGUGGAGACACUGAAACUCACAGUGCCACCAACAGGAAACCUGCCAUUGGUGUGUUAGAUAGGUUUGAAGAGGACAAGAAAAGGGCAAAAGAAAAGUCAGAGAGUGAAAUUAUCAACCAUGAGUUUUUGCAGUUGAAUGAUUCCCUUGAAAAGGUCAAACCUCUAUUGGAACACAUAAAUUACAGUGGUGAGACCACACACAAAGUUCUGGUAGAAGGAGUAAAUGUUCUCACAAAGACAAUAAAGGAAAGCAUGGCCAGUGUGUGCGAUGGCAUUAUGCCUAAGAUUGAGGAAGUGAUCAUGAAAUUGAACUCUCAGAGUCAGACACUGAGAGAAAUGGAAGACAGAGAGGCUAAGUUGGCCACUGCUACAAAAGACCUGAGCUCCCAUCUGCAGGAUUUGCAGCAAAACAUGGAUAGCUUGAAGGUGGAGCAUGGCCAGGAAAAGAGUGUAUUGGCAGAAAUGCAGUCCCUACUCAUAGCCACAAUGGAGGCCCAGACCCAGAGGUCUGUCUCCAGGCCCGUUCAGAUGGUCAACAGCGAGGUCCAGACUUCACCCGGCUGGGUGGAGCGGCUCUGUGUGGUCAGUGAAGAGAAGCGUGUCUUCCAGGGUGUCCGGCUGUGUGGUCCUACGGAAACUUGUCUCCUCAACGGCCCCUCAGAGCCCACAGUAGGUCUGUGUUGCUCCACCAAGCAAACCAAUACAGCCUAUGACCAAACAGUCCCUUCCAGGGCCGCCUUGCGUCCUCUCCCCACCAACCAAGAGAGACAAGUCGUGCAGAUGACAGCUGAUGGAGCGAAUGAAAGCCUUCUGCCGCAGUCAUUCUGCACCCAGGCCCUUGAGCCUGAUGGGGAUGGGGACACAGUCUCUGGCUCUGCCCUGCAGGAGGGAAUAGUGCGAUAUGCCCUGAGGAACCAAGUCUCACGUAGCUCCUGCAUUCUGGGAUCUAUACAGGAUGAAUCUCAAAUGGUGGCCAUCACUGCCAGACCUCAAGACAGGGUGAUGCCUGCGAGACAAGAGGUCAUGGCACCUAACUUCUCCGUACAAAGAGGGCUUCAAAAGAUAAGGCCUAAGAAAAGGCCCAGAGGAAAGACAAGAGCCCUGAUUCCUCAGAAUGCACCGUCUGUCUAUAGAGGGGUUGGGCAAGGAAAGGUUUUCCGCAAGUUGAGGCCAGAUCGCGGAGAGGGAGAGGAGGAGAAUGAAGAAUUAUCUCCACUUUACCAGGUUAAGAACAAAGCACACUGUGAGAACGUCAAACCACCCAAACAGCUGAAGGAGAACAAACCGGUUGGCCUGCGUAAUGAUGAAAGACGGCACAUGUGGUCACACAACACUAACAGUACCCAGUUCAUGUCAGCCUCGGAUGGAGUAGACCAGAAAACAAAGGGGAAGACUAAUGCCAAGGCUAAGAUUCCUAAGAAGGCCCAGGGAGGCCUCUGGAAUCUUUUCGACUUUGUUGACUCUGACUGACAUUGAGGGUGCCUAGACAGUAUCACAAACUCCUCAGAUGUUCAGCUCAUGGUGUUUCCAACAAAGGUCAGCUUCAUAUGAUAAAGGUUAGGGAUAGGUGGGUGUAAGGAGUUCAUUUUGAGUUUCUGUAACAGAGUCAUCAUUUUUUCCAAAUAAAAAUGACAGUAGUCAGGCAAAUUGAUGUAUUAUUU